AAACUUUUCAUGAAAUCCACACAAAAAAAUCAAUUAAUUCCCAAAUAAUGUUCCAACAAAUGAUCAAAGAGCACCAAUCAAAGCAAGCAUCGCGCCGAGAAGAACAAGAAAAGUUGAGAAAAGAAGCAAUUAUCGCCUCAAACGAGCUAACAUCGAAUCUCGUGGAUCACCUGAACGUCGGAGUAGCCCAAGCGUAUCUCAACCAAAAACGUCUCGACAUCGAAGCGAAGCAACUGCACGUUCAAGCCAACAAUUUCGCCAAACAAACGCAUCAGUGGCUCAAUUUAAUCGAGAAUUUCAAUCAAGCAUUGAAGGAAAUCGGCGACGUCGAGUGUUGGUCAAAGACGAUCGAAGGGGAUAUGCGAGUUGUGACCUCCGCAUUGGAAAUUGCUUACAAAUCGGCUCGCGAAAAUCAAAGUCAGCCACAACCGCAAUAA